UGGGCUGUGCUGCGGGUUGAGAAGUCCAGUUGGAUUUCGGCAAGAGGCCUUUCUCCUCUCUGGUCCUGGCAGGGGACAUGCCAGCACGGUCCCCUGCCUACGUGGGGCGCCUCCCAACCUCCCACCAUGCUGAUCAGAGCCAGCAAUGAUCUCUGCCGUCUGUCCACCUACCUGGAGGAACUGGAAGCCGCAGAACUGAAGAAGUUCAAGUUUUACUUGGGGACUGGGCAGGAGGGGGGCCAGGCCACCAUCCCCUGGGGGCGGAUGGAGGCAGCUGGGCCCCUGGAAAUGGCCCAGCUGCUGGUGGCCCAUUUGGGGACCAGGAACGCUUGGCUGGUGGCUCUUCGCACUUUUGAGCAGAUCCACAGGAGGGACCUGUGGGAGAGAGGACAGAGAGAGGACGUGAUGAAGGUUACCCCACUUGGUCCAGGCCUGCUUGGAAGUCCAUCGGGGUGCUUUCUGGAAGCCUUUCCUGGCCCUCCAAGGAAAGGGCCCCAGGAGACCUACAGGGAGCACGUGCGUAGGAAGUUCGGGCUUAUGGAGGACCGCAAUGCUCGCCUUGGGGAGUGCGUCCACCUGAGUCACCGCUACACUCGGCUGCUGCUUGUGAAGGAACACUCAAACCCCACAUGGACCCAGCAGAAGCUUCUGGACACCAGCUGGGGGCACGGCGGGUCCAUGAGCCCCCAGGCCAGCCCCAUCCAGAUGGAGACUCUGUUCGAGCCGGAUGAGGAGCGGCCCGAGCCACCCCGCACCGUGGUCCUGCAGGGUGCAGCCGGCAUCGGGAAGUCCAUGCUGGCUCACAAGCUCAUGCUCGACUGGGCCGCCGGGAAGCUGUUCCAGGACAGGUUCGCGUACGUCUUCUACAUCAACUGCAGAGAGAUGAACCGUGGCGAUGUCUGCUACAGCACCCAAGACCUCAUUGCUAACUGCUGGCCGGAGCCUGUGGUGCCCUUCCAGGAGCUUCUCCAGGCUCCCCACUGCCUCCUGUUCAUCCUCGAUGGCUUUGAUGAGCUGAAGCCUUCUGUCCAGGACCGUCCAGGGCCCUGGUGCUCCGACAGGGAGGAGAAGCAACCCCCGCAGCGGCUCCUCCACAGCCUGAUCCGGAAGCAGCUGCUUCCAGAAGUGUCCUUGCUGAUUACCACUCGCCCCUCGGCCUUGGAGAUGCUGCAGGGUCUGCUAGAACAUCCCCGGCAUGUGGAGAUCCUGGGCUUCUCCGAGGCCGAGAGGGAAGAGUACUUUUCCAGAUACUUCCACGAUGCCCAGCAGGCCCGGCAGGUCUUCCGGCUGGUCAAGGAGAACGAACCGCUCUUCACCAUGUGCUUCGUGCCUCUCGUCUGCUGGGUGGUCUGCACCUGCCUCAAGCAGCAGCUGGAGGCCGGGGGGCUCCUAAGACAAACGUCCAGGACCACCACUGCCGUCUACCUGCUCUACUUCAUGAGCCUGGUGCCGAGGCCCCGACGGGGCGGGGCCCCCCCCCGCAGCCACCCCGGGCUGUGCUCCCUGGCUGCCCAUGGCCUGUGGAACCAGAAGGUUCUGUUCCGAGAGGAAGACCUCCGGACCCACGGCCUGGAUGGCACCGACGUCUCUGCCUUCCUCAACACCAACAUCUUCCAGAAAGACAUCGGCUGUGAGAAAUUCUACAGCUUCAUCCAUCUGAGCUUCCAGGAGUUCUUUGGGGCCAUGUUUUACAUCCUGGACAGGGCGGACAGUGGGCUGGGUCCAGAGCAGACGGUGACGCGGCUGCUGGCAGAAUAUGGAUUCUCAGAAAGGAGUUUCUGGGCCAUCACGGUCCGAUUCCUCUUUGGGCUCCUCAAUGAGGAGAUACAGAACUUUCUGGAAAGGAAUCUGGGCUGGAAGACCUCACCCCAUGUCAAGGCCCAAGUGCUGGACUGGAUAGGGAGCCAGGCUCAGAGCCGGGGCUCCAGCCUGCAGCAGGGCACCCUGGAGCUGCUGGGCUGCCUGUACGAGAUCCAGGAGGAGGCCUUCAUCCACCGGGCCCUCAGCCACUUCCAGGUGCUGCACGUCAGCCACGUGGCCACCACCAUGGAGCACAUCAUCUGCUCAUUCUGUGCCAGACACGGCGGGAAUGUGGCGGUGCUGCACCUGCAGGGUGCAGCCUCCACCUACGGCGCUGAGGCCAGGGACCAGGACCACAGGACAGGGCCCUUAGGAGGCCCCACACUGUCCACGCAGCCACCCGAGAGGAACCUGCUGCCUGGCGCCUACAGUGAGCACCUGGCUGCGGCCCUGCGCACCAACCCCAGCCUGGUGGAGCUGGCACUGUGCCGCAGUGCCUUGGGAACAAGCGGGGUGCAGCUCCUGUGCCAGGGUCUCACGCACCCCAACUGCCGGCUCCAGAACCUCAGGCUGAAGCGGUGCCGCGUCUCAGGCGUGGCCUGCAGGUCCCUGGCGGCCGCCCUUACCGCCAACCAGCACCUGCUGAGGAUGGACCUGAGCGGGAACAGCCUGGGGCUGGCAGGCCUGACGCUGCUCUGCCAGGGGCUCCAGCACCCCGGCUGCAGGCUGCAGAUGCUCCAGCUGAGGAAGUGUCUGCUGGAGGCUGAGGCCGGCCGUGCGCUGGCCUCUGUGCUCCGUGCCAACCGGCACCUGGUGGAGCUGGACUUGACGGGGAACCCGCUGCAGGACCUGGGCCUGGAGCAGCUCUGCGAGGGCCUGCGGCACCCGGACUGCCGGCUGCAGACCCUGUGGUUGAAGAUCUGCCACCUCACAGCAGCUGCCUGCGAGCACCUGGCCUGCGCCCUCAGUGCUGGCGGGUCCCUGGCUGAGCUGGACCUGAGCCUCAACGACCUGGGGGACCAGGGAGCCCUGCUGCUCUCAGAAGGCCUGGGCCACCCUGCGUGCAAGCUGCAGACACUCAGGCUGGGCAUCUGCCGGCUGGGCCCGGCCGCCUGCAGGGCGCUGUCCCACGCGCUGCAGCUCAAUGGCCGCCUGCGAGACCUGGACCUGAGUUUCAAUGACCUGGGGGACAUGGGGGUGCAGCUGCUGGGGGAAGGGCUGAGGCACCCUGCGUGCAGGCUGCAGAAGCUGUGGCUGGACAGCUGCGGCCUCACCGCCCAGGCCUGUGAGGACCUCUCCUCCACCCUGGCCACCAGCCAGACCCUGAGCGAGCUCUACCUCACCCACAAUGCCCUGGGGGACGCAGGAGUGCGGCUGCUGUGCCAGAGGCUGGCGUUGCCCGGCUGCCGACUGCGCGUGCUCUGGUUAUUUGGGAUGGAUCUGAACAAAUCCACGCACAGGAGGCUGGCAGCUCUUCGAAGAGCCAAACCUUACCUGGACCUGGGCUGCUGA